UUUUCUUCCCUUUUGUAAACAUUUUUGAGAUCUACACAUCGCAGUCAUCCUGUCCUUUGACUUAGAUGUCAACAGUUUAAUCUGCUGACAUCCAGGCACAGCAGACUUGUGAAAGUUGGAGACUUUUAAACUUCCUUAUUCAGUUUUAUAAGUGAAGCCAACGUUGUGUACGUAGGACCAUUUCACAAUUGAAGAUCCACCUCUUUAAGACCAGAUGUAACAGAAGAACCUCCAACAACUGAUCCAACUACAACUUUUAAAAAGGAUGAUCUGAGGAUUUAUUAGAUGGAUGUUGGGUCGUGGUUUUAGUGACGCAACUGAAGGAGAAAAUUUUUUGCAGAAUGGCAUCAAAAGCAGUUCAGAUGGUAUGUUUGAUCCUCGGGGUCAUCGGCCUGACUGGGGUCAUCACCUGUUGUUCCCUCCCUCGAUGGAAAAGGAUAGCUUUCACAGCAAACUUUGUGACUGUACAGGUGAUUUAUGAAGGUCUAUGGAUGGUCUGUGUGGCACAAAGUACUGGACAGCAACAGUGCAAAGUGUACGACUACAUUCUGUCGCUACCCUUUGACCUUCAGGCUGGCCGCGCCAUGAUCGUCAUCAGCUGCAUCCUCUGUGGGCUCAGCCUCCUCAUCCUGUUCUUUGGUUCUGACUUGACCAGAUGUUUUCAGAACCAAGGCACCAAGGCCAAACUCAGCAUGGUGGCCGCAGCGGGCCUCCUGCUGGCCGGCCUGCUGGUGAUCAUCCCGGUCAGCUGGUCGGCGCAUACCUUAAUAAGAGAUUUCAACAACCCUAUAUUACUGAAUUUACAGAAGAGAGACCUGGGAGUGUGUAUCUAUAUCGGCUGGGCAGCCGGUGUGAUGUUGAUCCUGACUGGAGUUCUGCUCUGCUGCUUCAGCAGACCCAGAUCCAGCAGCUCUAGUGGAACCGUCAAAUACCGCAGAGAUUCAGGUCUAAAUGACAACUUAAUUUAGAGGUUUUAUGGAAGGGGCUGGUGUCCAAUAGACGGAGAGACAAGGGGGUUGAUUUGGUAAAAACUGGGAAGACGACACCAGAGAUUGUAAAUACUUUAUGCUAACAAUAACUGGAUCUGAUUAUUAUUUUUAUAUUUUUUCUGUUGGUGCUCGAAGGCUUGAACAUUUUUAUUUCGAACAUUUUGUAAGGUCUUUGGGUUGUUUUUUUUUCAAACUGCCUACAAAUCAUUUAUUAUGAAUUUGUUCUGUUUGUUUCUUUACACUGAUCACUAGAGAUUAAAAGCUGGUGUGCUGAUGAUCCUGACUGGAGUUCUGCUCUGCUGCUUCAGCAGACCCAGAUCCAGCAGCUCAGGAGGAACCACCAGCUGCUACAGCUACAGGGCUGCAAACAAUGACGUCAUUUAAUGAGAGGCUUUAUGGAAGAGACUGGUGUCCAACAGACGGGUAGACAAUGGAGCUAAAACUGAGAAGACGACACUAGUGACUGUAGCAAAAAUAUUAUAUGCUAAGAAUAAGGUCUGAUUAUUAUUUCCAUAAUUUUAACUCUGUGUGCUUUAAAGUAUGUACUCUGUAUAUGUUAAUUUCUAACAUUUUGAUUUGUUUUUUUUUAUCUAGGCAAAACUCUUAAAUUUAGAGUAUUUUUUUGGAAAUGUCACUUAAAAUUGACUUUAAAAAAGACAUAAGCUUAACAGAAUAUUAAGAUGCAUUAAGAGUUUCUGUUAACAGAAAAAUUACAUUUCAUAGUGAUCGUUA